AUGAGUGUAUUAGAGUGCAUGUCCGAUCUGACGCUCAUCAGCGAUGAAAUGUCCAUCGGAGACGUUAUACAGGACAUCGUUCGGAUGGGUCCGCAUGAAGAUCCGCUCCAUGUGCUCGACUUGGACGAUGUGGUCCGGAAGCACUACGGCUGGUGUGCGAAGAUGCCCAGGGUGAAGCCGUUCUACGCGGUCAAGUGCAAUGACGAUCCGCGCAUACUGCAGACGCUGAUGACGCUCGGGACGGGCUUCGAUUGCGCGUCCAAGGGUGAGAUGGAACGCAUGAUCGGGUACGGUGUGAAGCCGGAGAACAUUAUCUUUGCGCAACCGGCCAAAUCGAUAGCGUCGCUGCUGUAUGCCCGCUCGAAACAGGUGUCCGUGAUGACGUUCGAUGGAGCGGUCGAGCUGGAAAAGAUUCACCAGUACUAUCCGGAGGCACGGUUGGUGUUGCGUAUGCGGCACGACUCACAGAAGGUCCGAUGCUCGUUGGGCAAGAAGUUUGGAUGUGAUCCGGUUGCGGAGGCUCCGGAGCUGUUGCGCUAUGCGGCCAGGCUUCGCAUGAACGUGAUCGGUAUCAGCUUCCACGUGGGUUCCGACUGUGACGAGCACCAGGUGUACUACGAUGCGGUGAAGAUUGCAAAGGAUCUGUUUGACUACGCCAAGACGCUCGGGUACGAGUUCAGUUUGCUGGACAUCGGAGGCGGAUUCCCGGGUGACAAUAACAAACCGAUCGAUCGUUACGCGAAAGCGGUCAAUGUGGCAAUUGAUCACUACUUCCCGGCAGAGUCGAACAUUCGCAUCAUUGCCGAACCGGGACGGUAUUACGUGGCGUCCGCUGUAACGCUGGUUUCGUUCGUAGAUUCGAAGCGUGUGAUGAAGGAGAAGCAGCAGGACGGGACGGAGAAAACGAGAAUGUAUUACUAUCUGAAUGACGGUGUGUUCGGUACGUUCUACUGCACCGCACAUGAGGCACAGCCAGCGAUACCGAUCGUGGAGCGAAAGGUUGGAGCGAAGCAGUACAACACAUCGGUUUGGGGACCAACGUGUGAUGUGAUGGAUCUGAUUUUACCCGAUGUGGUUCUGCCCGAGCUGGACAUUGGCGAUAGUGUGGUGUUCGAAAAUGUAGGAGCCUACGGGCAGGUGCUUUCGUGCCGUUUCAAUGGAUUCGCCCUACCCAAGGUUGUUGCAUACUUGCGCGAAGGUACCUGGAAAAUACUGCAAGAGUUGAAUGCUGCAUCAACCGCCAUCUCGACCCGUUCCAUCGAUAGUUCGGAUGGCAAGCUGCUUGUCACUCAUGAAAGCUACACACCCAUCGCUGAGGCGACGUACUUGGUUUGA